CGUCGUUCGAUCUGACUGGUUCUGAUUGAUUCCCUUGGACGGGUCCAUUAUCACUCCAAUACAUGUGAUUAUCCCGACCGCAGUUGGUUCGGCUUCCUAAGUGUGCGUGUUUUGUUCCCUUUCUUCCCCCAUCCCGUAUUUUGCAGUCACACCCGUUGCCCCGCGCCAAAAAAACGAACGUGUCCGCCCGAGCGAUCAUUCUUCCCUUCGAAAAAGACACCACUUAAUUGUUGCGAAUGUGGUCUCGAUCUGGCUAGCUGACCCGGUCUGCCUUUCAGGAGUUGGCAACCACUCUCCAAUACAAAACGGAUCCCGCGAUCCCCCCCUACACAAUGGAAACAGAGCAACAACCGUUGCCCGACGUGUCUCCCUCGCAUCCCGACCUCAGCGCCUCGGAGGAUGAUGCCUCGCCCUCCAUGACCCCCCAAUCCGCGUCGGUACCCUCCCUCCGUCCGAUCUCGCGCGAUACGGUUUCCGCCCCCGGCAUCACGGCGUCCUCCACACACAUCGGCCAGAUCAAUGCCGCUCGACGUGGUGCCGGGACCCCGCCCCGACCGCAGCCCUCCAUGAGCGGUGCGCAGCCCGGUGGACUGAACCAGGAUAUCAUGGCCAAGAUGAAAGCCUUUUCCCUGUCCCGUCAAGGCGCACCCCCCAGCUUGUCCCAUACCGCGUCGAUGGGGGCCGUUCCCAGACCCUCUCCGGGCGUUCCCCCAAGCCCCGUGACCGGUCCCUCUCCGCCUCCCGUCAAUGGCCCAUUAGCCGGUGCCACCUCGGGGCGUCUUCCGCCGGUCGCUCGUCCAGGCACCAAGAAUUGGGCCUCCUCCCCAACAAUCCCGGCUAGUUCGAGCCCCGGUUCCUCGCCAAGACCCGGAGGGUUGGCUGCGAAACGGAUGAAACCGGGGCUGAAACUGUCCGAUGCGACGGGGUCGUCGAAUGAGUCGCCGGGAGCCGACUCCGCCGCGAAAGGUCCCAGUGGGUCGGGCGAAAGCGCCUUUAGCAAAUACUCGGAAUAUAUCGACACCAAGACCGGGACAUUAAACUUCAAGAACAAGGCGAUCCUUCACGGAGGGGGUGUGGAGUUUUCGUCGGGGCAUAGCUUCAAGAUCUCCUUGGAUGAGGUGGACCGGCUGGAGGAGCUGGGCAAGGGAAAUUACGGGACGGUGUAUUUGGUCAGACACCGGCGGCCAUCAAUGCGCAAACCGGGCAUGGGGCUCGGUGGGAUUGCAAAACGUCCAGAAGCGCUGGAGGCGGGCUUGAGCCCCCCCAAGGAUCAUCUGUCCGGGGUCGUCAUGGCGCUGAAGGAGAUUCGCUUGGAGCUGGAUGAGAGCAAAUUCGCCCAAAUCCUGAUGGAGCUGGAUAUCCUUCACCGUUGCGUGUCUCCUUUCAUUAUCGACUUUUACGGUGCCUUUUUCCAGGAAGGGGCGGUCUACAUCUGUGUGGAGUACAUGGAUGGCGGUUCGAUCGACAAACUCUACAAGGGCGGCAUUCCCGAGAACAUCCUCCGGAAGGUGGCCCUCUCGACGGUCAUGGGAUUGAAGACCCUCAAGGACGACCACAACAUCAUCCACCGCGACGUGAAACCGACGAACAUCUUGAUCAACUCCCGGGGGCAGAUUAAGAUCUGUGAUUUCGGCGUCAGCGGGAAUCUCGUCGCCAGUAUCGCGAAGACGAAUAUCGGCUGCCAGAGCUACAUGGCCCCCGAGCGGAUUGCCGGUGGCGGUGUCCAGCAGUCCGGAGCGAGCGGCGGCGGAACGUACAGCGUGCAGAGCGACGUCUGGAGCUUGGGCCUGACCCUCAUCGAAUGUGCCAUGGGUCGGUACCCAUAUCCUCCGGAGACGUUCAACAACAUCUUCAGCCAACUCCACGCCAUCGUCCACGGCGAUGCCCCGACACUCCCUGAAACGGGCUACUCGGAGGAAGCGCACGCGUUUGUCCGCGCCUGUCUGGACAAGAGCCCGAAUAACCGCCCGUCAUACACCAUGUUGCUCCGUCAUCCCUGGCUCGCCCCGCUCAUGAAGCCUCCCACCGAGUCCAAUGGCAGUGCCGAGGGCCAUGAAGAAACCGGCGCCUCCGUGACCGAAGAUCCGGAGGUGGCCGACUGGGUCAAGGACAGGCUGAAACUCCGUCAGCAGAGUCAGCAGAACGGGUCUGACAAGCCUGCUUUGCACGCUGUCGCGUUGGAUGCGGUUCCUGGUAGUCCUCUUCUUGACGAUCCGUCUGCGAUGUUCCAGGGAUAGACUACACUGUCAGGGAUACACUACAAUAUUCAGGAAUAACGACGUGUCUUGUUCUUGAAUCUAGGGUUAUGAAACGUCUCGCGUCGAAUUAACACCAGGGUUCCAUUUUGCGAGCACGAUCCCUAGGCAGGAUCGGCGCAGCCAACAUAUCCCUGCGUCAACGUCUUACCAAUAUGAACCCCAACAACCCUGGUCGACUUGAAAAUCAUAACCAUUGAAACAGUGACAGAUCUGACAUCGGGUUGGGUUGUUGGAUUUCUCUUUCUGAUCUGAUAUCUGAUAUUUGAUAUUAAUCAUGUGUAACGAGUAUGGAGGGAUGUAGUACUGGGUAUGAUGUUUACAGCCAUUUCUUUCAUUUCUUCUAUUUCUUUCAUUUCAUUUCAAUCAGUUCAUUUCGCAUUGGCGAUGAAGGGUAGGGAUUUAACGAUGAAUUAUAUCAUGUUAUUAGGAUCUAACGAGAUAGAGC